GAACACACACCGCUGCUGCUGGAAGGAAGCAAAAAUAUGUUUCGGCAUUGUCCGGAUCGAACGUAGGAGCACGGAUUCAUCGUUAUCGUGUUAUCGGUUCGGGAAACACUUUUGCCACUGAUUCAGCCGAUUAUAGAGAGAGAAAGAACUGGUACGGAUAUGCACUGGUGGUGUCGGUAAUUGGGAGCCGUCGCAUUACCGAAGUAUCCCGGAAUUCUAGGCGCAGAGUCGACUACUGGAGAGCAAGAACGGAUUGAAGCCGGUUUAAAGACCGAUUAGCAAUAGAAAAAGCACAACCAUCGGAACCGGAUAGAGCCUGCUGUUGGUUUUUUUUACCGAAGGAAUGUGUACUGGUGUUUCGUGGCAAAUAGACUAUCUAGUCGUGGUAAACCCCUUGUCCCAACCAAAUAGCGCAUUGUGGUGGCGUGAACAGUGUGGUGAAACAAAACUUUAACUACAGCACAACUUUCACGAUGAGUACGCUAUUUGCACGCGUAUUCCGGCAAGCUUGGGCCACGUUCGAGCACACGAGUGCGUCCGAUGCUAAGUUUGCCACCAACCUGCACGCACUGCACCGUCUAGUCAGUCAGCUUACACUCGCGGACAUCGGUCUGGAACCGUCGCUCGUUGCCACGGAAACAUUCCAGCACCCAUCCAAAGCGCCCUGCACCUAUGUCGGUGUGUUCGAGAACAAUCGGUUCGCGAUGUCGGUGUUUGUGCUGCGGGAAAACUACACCAUGCCGUUGCACGACCACCCACAGAUGCACGGACUGCUACGGGUCGUGUCCGGUGCGGUGCAAAUCUGCAGCUAUAGUGAGCUCGCCCGGCGGGACACGGUCGAACCGAAGGAUGGGACCCUCCGACGGCACGUGUUGGUCGUUGCCGAGCCGGAAAAGAUUAUCAGCUCGGCGGCCGGAGACUGUGCCGUGCUAACGCCGACCGAGCGUAACUUCCACGAGAUAACGGCGAUUGGCGGACCGGCGGCAUUCUUCGACAUACUGAGCCCGCCGUACAAUCUUUCUAGUCAGCCGCAGUAUUUCUUCUACCGGAAGGUGCCCGUACCGCGCCAUUUGGCCGAAAUGGAACCACUCGGAUUCGGUGGCCCAAACACGCCGUCCGCCCAGGAAGAUGAGCGACCCCGGUACGUGCUGGAGACGAUCCCCAACCCGGAACACUACUACUGUGAUACGGUGCAUUACAUCACACCGGAGUUUAUGUACCAUCCGGAGGGUAGCACCACGUCGGAUGUAAACGUUUAGGAUCCGUUUCUCGGUGGUUCCGUGUACCGGGAACCGAUUUUAAAGUAGUACACAUUGCUCGGAUUGCUUCGAUGCUCCCGUUUUACUGUGUUAAUUGUAUCGUUGAGUUUCUUUUUUUCAUUAAUGUGUUGUUUUGUUUUGUAUUUCCGUACCAGAGUAGUGUAGAAGGGUGUCCGUAAGGAUGCGCCAAUAGAGUGCCCUCAGGCCCAUCUAGCAAGGGGAUGGUUAUUUCGACCACCUCCUACAUAAAAACUUUUGCAUGCAUUAUAGUAACGUAUGCGUAGUCUCGAGCUAUAGAGAAAGGAUAACCAUGCAAAUGCAAGCUAUAAUGUUAAAUAAAACCAAAUUUAAUUCGUACGGCUAAUGCU